UCACCCUGGUUGCCUUAAGUCUUAGCGGCAUGAGAGCCGAAAACGGGCUCAAUGUGACCCGGUGUGUCCGCCAUACCGUCCGGUUGGUACGGCACGAUUGAUGACGUGAGCCGCCAGUGGCGAGGCGAGCUUAUCAGUUAGUGGGACGUCGUCAUAUUUUCACCUCCGGGACAGACGCAAACGAAGCAGACGGUGAAUAGAGACAAGAACCAAGACACGAGUAAAGAUGGCUGAUGACAUCAAGACCAAACUGGAAAACUAUCGCACCGCUCCGUUUGAUGCCAGGUUCCCUAACCAGAACCAGACCAGGAACUGCUGGUCCAACUAUUUAGACUACCACCGCUGCCAGAAAGCUCUCGAUGCAAAAGGUGCAGACAAGACCCCGUGUGAGUGGUAUCGCAGGGUCUACAAAUCCCUCUGUCCCAUGUCCUGGAUCGAGAAGUGGGAUGACCAAAGGGCAGCGGGGACAUUCCCAGGAAAGAUAUGAAGACCACCGUGUUUGAAGAGCACGAAGCUACAUCAGAACCUUUACAAUCGUCAUUAAAAAUGUCUAACAGAGCCUUAAUAAAUAAAGUACUAUAUAUAUCGAUAUCACUUCUUGUUUUUCGUGCUUAGAGAUAUUGUGUACUGGGAGGAAAA